CAUUGGGGGUGGGGGGGAGAGAUACUCCCCUGGGAGCUGCAGGCCACCCGGCAGGCGGGGACCUUGGGGUGCCCUGGAAGCGGGUCCAGGCGGCCAGGGAGGGGCCCCGGGGCGCCAGGACCUUGGGCACAGCUGGGUGACGCACCCCGGCUUUCCCGGGGUGAUAGGACCGUAGAGUCAAACUCCUACAUCCAAACUGCAUUGAAGUGCGCAUUAGAACAGGUCGCUUGCAGCCCUUGCAUGUUGAGAAGCGAUGACGUCCUGCCUGCCGUACCUGGUGCUCCUGUGGGGCGCCCUCGGGGUCGCCGACGCCGCCAAGAUCAUCGUGGUGCCGCCCAUCAUGUUUGAGAGCCACAUGUACAUCUUCAAGACGCUGGCCGCCGCCCUGCACGCGCGGGGCCACCGCACCGUAACCGCUGCCAAACGCGAGGCCCUCGCACAGCCCUGUCUGUCACAGCGUCACCUGUCUGCCCGGGUGUCCGGCCGUCCCAGCUGCAGCCCCAGCACCGUCCAGGACCUGCAGAGCUGGGUGGACGGCGCCAGCGAGCACGGCUUCGUCCUCGUGUCCUUCGGCGCCGGCGUGAAGUUCCUCACAGGUUCCUUGGGGCUCUUCCCGCCUCGCGUACAGGCGGCUCCUUGCCCAGUGUCCACAGCAGCCGUGGCAGCUCCGUGGUCACCUGACGCUGCAGACGGAGUCCGUGCGAGGGAGCUGGUGUCUGAGGGGCCUGUCUGCACCCACAGGUUUUCUGGAACCAAACCCAGGAAUCUGGGCAACAACACGAAGCUCCUGGAGUGGCUGCCGCAGAACGACCUGCUGGGGCACCCCCACGCCAAGGCCUUCCUCAGCCACGGCGGCCUGAACAGCAUCUUCGAGACCAUGUACCACGGCGUCCCGGUGGUGGGCAUCCCGCUCUUCGGCGACCACUACGACACGAUGACCCGCGUGCAGGCCAAGGGCAUGGGCCUCCUGCUGGAGUGGAAGACCCUGACGGAGGCCGAGCUGCACGCGGCCCUGGUGCAGGUCAUCAACGACCCCAGCUUCCGCAGGCGGGCCCGGCAGCUGUCUGAGAUCCACCGGGACCAGCCAGGGCACCCCGUGGAGCGGACCGUGUACUGGAUCGAGUACAUCCUGCGCCACCGCGGCGCCCGCCACCUGCAGGCCGCCGUCUACCAGCUGUCCUUCUGGCAGUACUUCCUGCUGGAC